CAGGAGGAGACGCUUCACCUCGCCGUGCAGUACCUCGACCGCUUCCUCUCCCUCGUGCCCCUCCGCCGCUCCAAGCUGCAGCUGGUCGGCGUCACCUGCGCCUGGGUCGCCGCCAAGUACGAGGAGCGCCUCCCGCCCCCCCUCGACGACUUUGUGGAGGCUACCGCCGCCGCCUUCCAGCGAAGCGACCUCGUGCGCAUGGAGGGGCUCAUCCUCUCGACGCUUCGCUUCAACCUCUCCGCCGUCACGCCCGCCUCCUUCGUCCGCCGCUUCACCGCGCUCAUGCCGCCCUCGGUGCUCUGCCGCGACGAGUCGCUCCUGGCGAGGUAUGUGCUCGAGCUGGCGCUGCAGGACCAGCGCUGCCUCAAGUACCUGCCGUCCGCCCUCGGCGCGGCCGCCCUCUGCCUC